UAAAGUCGCGAGCAGGACAAUUCACAUUCACCGCGGGAGAGCAUUCGUAAAUGUUGGUUUAAGACAUUUUUGCGGCGACAAACACGAUUUCACGUCUUAUCGGGCACAAACAGCAAAUCAGCUAACUUGAGUUGACGGAGCAACUACUUGCCGGAGGAAAGUACCGUAUGUGUUCGAUCAGUAAACAGUAGCUGCGAGCUAGUUAGCCAAACAUCCCAGUUAACUGUGCAUAUGGCUGCGCUGAUCUCAACACAUCUUUGUAUUCAAACCCUCAUGAUGAAAGAUCAGCACUUUUCCCAGAAAAUUAUGGUUGAAAGCUACUAACUGUAGUGUAGGGAUGUACGCAAUCAGUUACAACAUAGUCUAUAAAAAGAAUAACAGCAUUUAAGCAUUUUGCUUAAAGGAGCAUUUCACCCGUUUGCAUUAAGCUUUAGUCUAUAUUGUUAGAAACCCAGUCAUAUGUUUGAAUGGUCGUGCAUCAUUCCCUCAUUUCCCCCUGAGAUAGGAGAAAAAAGCAGAGAAUGUACUUUUGUGUCAUGUGGAUAAAAGCCAGCUCCCAGAAUUAUCUGCCUUUCAGUGUUGCCAGGUCAUGUGAGCAAAAGCAAGCAGCAGGUCCCUGAAAUAAGCCCUAAAGAAGCGACCCAAAUAGCAUCCCCUCCCCGAACACCUGACGUUACAUUUCUAGGGCGGUCAUGUUAGAGGAGCCUAUAGUUACCGCGUAGAGUCGACGCAGAAGCAUAGGGUGCCUCUCAACAUGCCUCCUCGAUCCUCGAUGCUCGAUCCUCGAGGGGCGUUCCCACUGAUCUAUAACUAACACUGGAUAGACUAUCCCAUUGUUUCCCCCCCAUCAUGCUUUAUGUAGAUCAGUGAGGAUCGAGGCAUCGAGGAGCGAGGGAGGACGUAUAAACGCUGCAUGAGAGGCACCCAUAGGUUUAAAAUGCCCUUUGUGUACGUGUAGACUUCGCGUGGAUUCUACGCAGAAACAACAAACACGAAGCAAGCCCAAAAGAGGCGACCACAUAAGAUAUACACGCCUCCAAACCCGCAACUUCACCGAAAAACAAACCCAAGUCGCUUAUAAUAAGCGGCAACACUCUGGCAAUACUGUUACAAACCCACCUACCAGGAAGUAGCCACUGUAGGCUACAAGUACACAGAAGGACUCAUUAAAGUAACAUUUUGGCAUUAAUAACGAUUUGAAAAUUAUAACGAUCAUUGUUUUAUGUUGCACUCACUCUUGUGGCCAUGUAUCAAUGUUGCUUAUCUCAAACACAAUGCAGCCUGUAUUUGUCUUUAUUUUGUCUCUGACUACAGGCAAUUGAGAACUGGAUGGGAUUGUCUGUGCUCUGCUUGCAACAUGGACCUCGGACUUCCACUUAGUUCUGGCUGUGCUGAAACACACCAGUUUGGCCUGAGAGUGAUUGUGAAAGAAGAAGAUGUAAAAGAGGAGGAAUAUGAUCACAUGAUUUCAUGUCCAAAUGAGGAAGAAAAGCCCUUUGCAGAGUUUCACUGUAAAACUGAAACAGACGUCACAGAGACACCAAGAUUUACUUACAGUGAAAUACUGCAGACAACUGUGAAGACAGAAGAAGACGAAGAAGAUGACGAAGAAGUAGAGGAGGAAGAGGAGGUGGAACAGCAUGAACAUCUGCUGGAAAGUGAAACAGAACACCCAGGCUGUAUGCAACAGAAGAUCCAUGGACAGAAUGAUGAUCUCAACCUGCAACGCAAAGGAGGACUGCACCAAAAUACAGUCUGCAAGAGGAAUUUCACUUCCCUUUCUCAACUUGAGAACCAUCAGCAAACACACUCUCCUGGUGUUUAUAAAUGGGAGAGAAUUGGCAAAAGGCGACAUAAAUGUCUCUAUUGUGGAAAGGAGUUGUCUGGAGGUAUUACACAAGUUAAAAGCCAUAUGCUCAUACACACUGGAGAGAAGCCUCAUAAAUGUGCCCAGUGCGGAAGAACUUUUUCACAAGUUCCACAUCUGAAAACCCACAUGUUAAUACACACGGGCGAGAAGCCUCAUGAAUGUGCCCAGUGUGGAAAAGCUUUUUCACAUAUUUCAACUCUUAAAAUGCAUAUGUUAAUACACACUGGAGAGAAGCCUCAUGAAUGUACCCAGUGUGGAAGAGCUUUUGCACGAAUCAUUAGCCUUAAAAAACACAUACAAACACACACUGGAGAGAAGCCUCAUAAAUGUACCCAAUGUGGAUUAGCUUUUAUAGAACUUUCACAUAUGAAAGCCCAUAUGUUAAUACAUACUGGUGAGAAGCCGUGGACAUGUGCCCAGUGUGGAAAAGCUUUUAGACGCCCCUCAGCUCUUAAAAACCACAUGCUCACAGACUGUGGAGAGAAGCCGCAUGAAUGUGCCCAGUGUGGAAAAACUUAUAGAGAAGUUACAAAUCUGAAAGCCCAUUUGUUGAUACACACUGAAGAUAACCCUCAUAAAUGUACCCAGUGUGGAAAAACUUUUGCACGCCCCUCAGAACUUAAACACCACAUGAUGGCGCACACCGGAGAGAAGCCUCAUAUAUGUGCCCUGUGUGGAAAAGCUUUUCUAAGAGCGGCAGGCCUAAAACGCCACUCACGUUUGAAACAUCGUUCAGAAUUUACUUAAAUCUUCAAAAGUAUUGAUUGAAUUUGUCAGGCAGUGUUGUUGAUCUGUAUUGUUGAAAACUUAAAACAAUUAAACAGAAUUGUGAAAUAUUUGGCCUCAUGUUAUACAAGAACUAAACUGUUUUUUGAUGAAAUAUAGAUUCCUGACCACUUUUAUAGUCUAUAUAAUAGGCCUUAGGUCUGGAGAGAGCACAGACACAUUUUAAGCCUACAAUGCAACAUAAUAUUUUGAGAGCAUCAAACUAUUAAAAUGUAUAGUAUGUAAGCACAGAUAAUGUAACAUUUGUCAGUUAUUUUAUUUGUUGAACUGACAUAUUUUGCCACAGCAAUGAAUUCAUCCAACAGAAUGUAAGAUCAAUCUGAGACAGUAUAUUCUGAUUUACAGGACAACAGACAGAGAUCCAUUAAUCCCUCUGUAUUUUUUCUCCCAUAUGGUAACACAAUGGAAAAACAUACUUUUGAACCUGGCUUUAUCCAAAGCUCAGAUUUGGUGCUCUAAAAUGUAUGCAAAUUAAUGCACAUUUAAUUAGACAAUGCAUAAUUUAAACAUUAAAUUACAGAAAAUGACUAUUAUUUGAAUAUCUUGUUUUUUUAUUUAUUUAAUUAUUUAUUUAUUUAUAUUCAUUAUUCUAUUUCCCACGUUGUUCACAGCAAGAAGGCAUUGAUUGUAGAAAAAAGUGGUUACCAAUGUGAACUUGAAUUUUUGCUCAAUGUGCCCAAGUAUUGAUUGAAUUUGUCAGGCAGUGUUGUUGAUCUGUAUUGUUGAAAACUUAAAACAAUUAAACAGAAUUGUGAAAUAUUUGGCCUCAUGUUAUACAAGAACUAAACUGUGUUUUGAGG